UAUAGCUAGUGCACUCGAGGACAAGGGAAGUCCCUCGUAACUGACAGAACGUGCACAUUGAACUCAGCGAGUGACUCUGGGCGUCGUUUGAAAGUGCAGCUACGUGUUCAGAAACGUUCCGGGGACUAAUUUAGAGUCGUCCAGACAUGCGUGUGGCAGUCAUCGGCGCCGGGGUCAUCGGGCUCUCCACGGCCCAGUGCAUCUACGAGCAGUACCACUCCCUGGUGAAGCCGCUGACCAUCGAAAUCUACGCCGACCGCUUCACGCCCCUCACCACCAGCGACGGGGCGGCGGGGCUGUGGCAGCCGUACCUCUACGACAAAGGGAACGCCGUGGAGACUAAAUGGAAUAAGGACACAUUUCAGUACCUGCAGAGCUUCCUCUCGUCUCCCGACUGUGUUAAAAUGGGAAUUUUCCUCCAGUCAGGCUACAACGUGUGUGACGAACCAGCCCCAGAUCCUUCAUUUAAGGACAGCGUGUUGGGAUUCAGGCAACUGACCCAACCUGAACUGGAGUUGUUUCCAGGAUACAGCUAUGGAUGGUUCAACACUGCAAUUAUGGUUGAGGGAAAGACCUACCUCCCCUGGCUCAUGGAUUGGUUAAAGGAGAGAGGUGUGAAGUUCUAUCAAAGGAAGGUUGAGUCUUUCAGAGAGCUGUUUGAAUCUGGACCGGACGUCAUCAUCAACUGCACGGGGGUGCGAUCGGGGGAGCUGCAGCCCGACUCGGACCUCAAACCGGGCCGAGGGCAGAUCAUAAAGGUGGACGCCCCGUGGCUGAAGCAUUUCGUACUCACACACAAUUUCAAAACCGGGAUCUACAACUCACCUUACAUCAUACCCGGGAGUCGUUUGGUCACAGUCGGUGGAAUAUUUCAGGUGGGGAACUGGAGUGAAAUGAACAACUCAACAGACCACAAUAAAAUUUGGGAAGGAGCUUGCAGUCUCGAGCCCAGUCUCAAGCACGCCAGGAUAGUGGAGGACUGGUCGGGGCUGAGGCCUGUUCGCAGUAAAGUGCGUCUGGAGAGGGAAACGUUGGAGUUCGGACAAUCCACCUGUGAGGUUAUCCACAACUAUGGGCACGGGGGCUUCGGCCUGACCAUCCACAGGGGGUGCGCCACGGAGGCCGCCCGGCUCUUCGGAGAGAUCCUGGAGAAGCGGGGCUGGACAGUGCCGUCCCGUCUGUGACGGCGGGACCGAUCGCUCCUCCCAAUCUCCACCCCGACCCCCUGGAGGACCCGGCCCACAAUGCAGUGUGUAUGUACUACUGCGGUGAGCCUUUCCAACCCCCCCCCCCCCCGUGUUCAAGGAAAUAUUACAGUAAUGGCGAUUGCAGUUGGAAAACCCACUGAAAUACGGGGAACAAAUCAAGAUCCUCCCAAACGGGCCCAAACGGGACCUGAUCACCGUGAGCUGAAGCUGUGAAUGGGGUAAUGCAAAUUGCUGCUCCUUAGGUUUACAUUGCACUUGAUUGUUGAUUAUAAAUUUGGUGAUGUAGCAUUUGAGUAUUCUGGACACUAACACUUAUGUUAAGGCCCUCUGCAAAAGAGUAUCUGCUAAGUGAUUGUAAUAUUGUAAUGUAGUAAAGGGACUCACCUGCACAUCAAUCGUACUUUCCAGUCACAACCUGACUACGACCAUUUGUGGUCGAAAUCUUGCAAGAAAAACUGAAAUUUUAUAAUGUAAAUGUAAUUACACGAAAUAGUAUUUUACUAGAAGCUAUGUGUAAAAAUGUAUAUAGACAGAAAUGAAUAAUACACAAAAGCCUUACAGAGCAAUAAAUACUAUCUGCC